CGUUGCUGGGCCGCUGAGGAGAACGCGUGAUCAACUCCCGAAAGGCUUCUUGUUCAGCUCCAAACAUUGCUAAACUCCCUGACUGGAUGGCAACAAAUUCUGGGACUUGGAUUUAAGGCCCACAGUAUGUUUGGAGCCAGCUGCAAGCCUGCUCUCCUCCUCUUCUGUUAUUAUACGGUCUCCCUGGAAGCAGACACCGAAGAAGGACGUUAUGUUGCCGCCGUCUACGAGCAUCGACCCAUCCUGAGUCUUAACCCUAAAGCCCUUACUGACCGGCAGUCUGCACUGCGGCUGAUGAACCAGAACCUCGACAUAUAUGAAGAGCAGGUGGUAACGGCAGCCAAAGAGGGUGUGCAGAUUAUAGUUUUCCCUGAAGAUGGCAUUCAUGGAUUCAACUUCACCAGGCAGUCCAUUUAUCCAUUCUUGGAUUUUGUUCCACCUCUUCAGGCUGGGCAGUGGAAUCCAUGCCGAGAACCUCAUCUGUUCGGGGAUACAGAGAUUCUCCAGCGCCUCAGCUGCAUGGCUAUAAAGGGCAAGAUGUUCCUGGUGGCAAAUCUUGGCACUAAGCGGCCUUGUGAGCAAAGUGAUCGCAGAUGCCCACCUGACAGGAGAUACCACUUCAAUACCAAUGUUGUGUUUGAUGAAAAUGGCACUCUGGUUGCCAGCUAUCGCAAACAAAACCUUUACUAUGAGUAUGGCUUUGACACCCCUCUUGAAGUUGAGCAUGCCACAUUUGACACGCCUUUUGCGGGCAGAUUUGGUAUUUUCACCUGUUUUGAUAUUCUCUUCUUUGAGCCUACGGUGAGUCUCCUCACAAAGUAUGAUGUGAAACAUGUUGUAUAUCCUACCGCAUGGAUGAACCAACUGCCACUUUUGGCUGCCAUAGAGAUUCAGCAAGCUUUGGCAAUUGCUUUUAAUGUCAAUGUUCUGGCUGCUAAUAUCCACCUCCCUUCCCUGGGCAUGACUGGUAGCGGCAUCUAUACCCCUUCAAAAUCUUUUUGGUACCAUGAUAUGGAAAGUUCUGACGGCAAACUCGUGAUAGCUCGGAUCCCUGCAAAUACCCCAGGUAGGGGCCCGAUGGCAUACAACACGAAUACGAAUGAAACAGCGGGUCAGUCUGAUGGGAACUUUGGAAAAUCCCAAAGUGAAUGGUGUCAGAGGGAGGAUCAAACAGCCCAUUGUAGUGAGGCCCCAAAAUGGAGCAAGGAUACACCUACAUUUAUCUCUGAAAUGAUGUACGAUAAUUUCACUUUUGUUCCCGUCUGGGGAAAUGAAGGCAAUCUCCAGGUCUGUACCAACUCCCUCUGUUGUCAUUUAAACUACCAGAGACCUGUUUCUUCUGGUGACUUAUAUGCUCUAGGGGUCUUCGAUGGUCUGCACACAGUACAUGGCACGUACUAUGUCCAAGCAUGUGCACUGGUAAAAUGUGGUGGCCCUAGUUUUGACACAUGUGGACAAGAGAUUCCAGAGGCUACCGAUGUGAUAGAUUUUCACUUGUGGGGCAAUUUCAGUUCUUCCUACGUAUUUCCUUUACUGUUGACUUCGGGUAUGACCCUGGAAUUCCCUGACCACCUGGGCUGGGACAACAAUUACUGUUUUCUAAAGAAAAAUGGAUUGUCUUCUGGUUUGGUGACAGCAGCUUUGUACGGACGCUGGUAUGAGAGGGACUAAUAAAACUCAAGCAGACCAUUGGGCAGGCAUUAUUAGUUCACCUCUGUGUUUUGCUAAAAGCAUAGGACACAGGUAGUAUGGAAAAUUAAAGAAGCGUCAAACCAGCCAGGAGCCUGAAAGGACCAGUGGACCCUUAGUAGAUUCUGACUGGCCAUGCAUUCAGAAAGGCCAACUCUCUUCCACAAUAGUUGGCAAUCACUGCUUUUCUAUUUUGGGAGAUCAUACGUAGUAAUUUGCUUCGUCAGGGACUGAUGACCUGGCCUUCAUUUCUAAUUUGGGAGGCAGCAGGGCCUAGCUGAAGGAGCAAGAGGCCUGGGAGAGUCAAGAGACCCGAGUUCUAGUCCCAGCUCUGGGACUUACCUGGGUCUCAGUUUCCUCAUCUGACAGUGGCGAUAAACUACGUGUUUUCCGUCAGCCGAGGAGCCCAGGGUGGGACAGGGACCAUGGCUGUUCUGAUUAUCAUCAUCAUCAUCAUCAUCAU